UUUCGCAGUGAAUGUUUAUAUGUUACCGAUUUGCGGACCGUUAUAUACAACCGCUUUAAAAACUAAUUAAGUGGCAGAACUUUGACCAUGCAAAAUGGAGGUAUCGGAACAGAAGCGUAAUUACUGUGCACCUUGUGAGAAGCGCAAGACAACGACAUUCUCAGAUGGUUUCUGUUCACAGUGUGAAGAAGAAAUGUGUCUAACAUGUUUUGAUACACAUAAACAGUGGAAGCUUAAUCAGUCACAUACACGUGUCUCAUCUGUCGAGGCAACAUCUAUUAAAGGAAAUGCAACAAGCUUUGAUACAUGUACUAAACAUUUGAACGAGAUUAUCAAAUUUGUCUGUCCCGAACAUAGCCAAGUAGGUUGUGGCGAUUGUAUGGUUAUCUCCCACAAACCCUGUAAAGUACAGUUUAUACUUGAACACUCAGAUGGAUAUAAAGACAGUAAACAUUUCAAAAUGUUGAAAAAGGACAUAGUGAAGUAUAACAGUGAAGCAAACACGAUGUUGGGAAGCAUCAAGCACAACAAGGACCACGUAAAAGACGUCAACAAAAAGUUUUCUCGUGACGUCAAAUUGUACAGUGAUAAAAUUAUAUCACUUAUCAGGAGACAUACCGAUGUAAUGCUUAAAUAUGGUGAUGAUAUCAUGGCAGCAGACAUGAAAAAUCUCGAAAACAUAGAAACAGAAAAUAAAAGACUUGUUGAUGAAACAACUGGUAUGUUAGACACAUUGCAAUCUGACGCUGAUCAGCCCUACAAAUUGUUCAUCAGUUCCAUGUCAUACAAACAAAAUCUUCAUUUUGUCCACGAACAGCUAGAAAGAAUCAAAGAAAACAAUACGAUCAAAUCGUAUGACUUCAAGCGUGACUAUAAACUCGAACAGCUGAUAAAAACUUGUAAUAAGCUAGGAACAAUACAUACACUAAAUAAAUCUGCCGCACUUAGAGAAGAAACAGUAAAAGCAAAUAGAGCGACAUCGGUUACAUCGGAUCAGUCUUCAACAAAAAAACAACCGUUCCUGGGCAGGCAGCUUGUUUGCAAAAACCUCAGUAUUGACGGGGAAUUUAUCAGUUAUGCUGAAAAGGCAAAAGGUGACCUCGGUUUAUUUAUUGACAAGAAGACGGUGUAUUUAAAUGAAAAUUUUGAAGUCGAAAUUGUGAGCCUUGGUAGUGGCAAAGGAAUGGGUUUAGGUUUGGUACCGGAUGGCUUUCGUACUAAUCGUCUACCCGGAUUAGGACUUAAUUCUUACGGAUACCAUUCAAACGGCGAGUACGUGUUUAUUGCUAUAUUGUUAGGAUUCAGUCUUACCGUAGAUUUUAAGGCGAUUGAAUGGAAUAUGAUAUCAAAUUAA